UCCAGGUGGGGGCCCAGCUAAAGUAUCUGGGCCUCCACAUUGACGGGUUAUGGAGGUUUGAGGAGCACCUCAAGAGGCUGACACCCAGGUUGGAUGGUGCGGCGAAUGCACUGUCGCGCCUAAUGCCCAACCUGGGUGGCCCGUGUGGGAGAACGAGACGACUAUACGCGAACGUCACCAACUCGAUCGCGUUGUACGGUGCCCCCAUCUGGUCAGCCGCCCUGAAUGGCAACAAAAAGGCGACUGCGGCGCUGCGCAAAACACAGCGUCGCAUGGCCAUCAGGGCGAUACGGGGGUACCGUACAGUCUCCCACGCGGCAGCCACAUUGGUGGCUGGGAUGCCCCCCAUUGAGAUCCAGGCGGCGGCACACGCUCAAACUUAUGAGCGCGUCGCGGAUCUCAAGGCUGGGGGGAUCCCGGUAACAAAGAGGAUGAGGAGGCUCCUCAGCCUCCAGAUAAAGAGGGAGGCAAGGGAGGAAUGGUGGACCUGGCUCAGGAAGCCAAACCGAGCGGGCCAGCGCACGGUCCAAGCCAUCCUCCCCCGCUUCGAUGAGUGGCUCGACCGCUCAUGGGCACGGGCGUCCUAUAGGACGACGCAGGUACUCACCGGACAUGGCUGUUUCGGUGAGUACCUGCAUAGGAUAGGGCGCGAGCAAACCGCGCAUUGCCACCAUUGUGACGGGGAGAGGGACUCGGCGCAGCACACUCUGGAGGUUUGCCCAGCGUGGGCAAACGAGCGCCGAGCCCUCUCCAACAUUAUAGGUGCGAACCUCUCUCUCCCGGCGGUAAUCAAAGCCGCCACGGAGAGGGAGGAGGCUUGGGAGGCGUUCUCCUCCUUCUGCGAGCAUGUCAUGCUGCAGAAGGAGGAGGCCGAACGGAUCCGAAGGGGGGAAGCCGACCCCCCUGGCGGAUCCCAACGAGGCAGAGCAGGUGUGCCCCAAAGGAGAGGAGCACGCCGACUACCGGCCCACCUAAGGGCCUGGUGAUAAUGCGGGGAGGGAGCGGCGGACCGUCAUGGUUAGCUGUACUCCCUCCCCUGCGAUGAAUGAGGAGGAGUGGCCAGAGGUGCUAAAGCCAUUGGUACCAAAGGCCAUAGGCACCACAAAACAAGGUGCAGGGAGGUUUCGGUCCGCGUUGCGUACGGGUGCCGCUAUCGAAUAGCCCCGGGGUAGCCCCUGCCUGUCGUAAGAGGCGACUAAAAGGGGAGACGAGGAUGCAGUUAGGACCGAA